AUGAUUGAUGAAAAUACACCCCUAAUAAAACCCAAAACUUCCAAAGCUAAUUCUUCACAUCGGCUUCGACUUCCGGCCUCCAAUGUGUCAGCUGGUAGUCCCAAAAGGAAAUCUUCAAGUGGGCUUCUUGAUCCCGCGAGCGCUAGCGCUAUAGGCCGGCCUAAACUAUUCCAUUCAUCUUCAUCGACUUCUAUUGCAAGUGCCAAUUCGUACGUUUAUGACUCGUUCAAGAUCACUAAAAACAAAUACAACAAAUCGAGCGAAGGGAAUGAGCGAUGGACAUAUCUUUGUUACUAUUUCCCAAUAUUGAGCUGGCUUCCCAAUUAUGAUGCAAGUGAAAAUAUACUAGGUGAUAUUGUUGCCGGAUUUUCUCUUGCCGCUUUUCAAAUCCCGUUAGUGGUGUCCUUUGCAUGUCUUAUUGGCAUUGAUGUCCGAUGCGGAUUGUUUGCCAUAAUAAUUAGUCCUGUGGCUUAUUCUGUCUUCGGGUCUUGUUUAUACUUAAUGACUGGUCCAGGUGCGGCGAUGUCGAUGAUUGUUGGAAGUUUGAUAGAGUCUAUUACUCACAAUAAUCAAACAUUUUCUGCCUAUGAUGUUUUGGCAUGUACCACGUUUAUCAUUGGAGCAAUACUCUUCAUUGCAGGGUUAUUCAGGUUGGGAUUCUUGGGGAAUGUUGUAUCCCAAGGUUUAUUAAGUGGGUUCAUUUCUGCUUUUGGAAUUUUGAUGAUUGUGGCAGAAUUGCUAACUGAGUUGAGAUUAGGUAGCGCUUUUGCAGAGUUACACGAAGUUGAUCCAAGCACUAUAGAUAAAUUGACAUUUAUCUUUGACAAUUUAGAUUUGGUACAUCCUUUGACCGCUAAGAUUUCUGCAGUUGCAGUCUUGGUGCUAUCAAUUACUAGAUACUCUAAAAAAUGGUUGAUAAAUCGGGAUGCUAAAAGGUUUGGAUGGCUUAAUUUCUUUCCAGAGAUUUUGGUGGUUGUGAUUGUGUCAAUAAUUUUAUCUAAUCAUUAUAAAUGGGAUAAGGAAGGCGUAGUGAUCAUCGGAAAAUAUUUUGGCAAUAGUCAAAGAGAUGUUGAUGCUAGUCCGUUGCAGAAGUUUAAACUUCCUGUGAGCUUUUCCAACUUUAAGCUUGUGAAGAAGUGUCUAAGUACUGCUUUUAUUUGUUCAAUUUUGUGCUUCAUUGAGACUAGUACAGCAACUAAACUGUUAGAGAAUCAAAGAAACACCGACUUUUCAAUGAACAGAGAUAUGGUAGGCAUUGGGAUCGGGAAUAUUAUUGGGUCAUUUUUUACCAUUUUGCCAACAUUUGGAAGUUAUGGUAGAUCCAAAAUUAAUGCCUUGACUGCCAAGUCGCAACUUUCGGGAGUGGUAUUAUCUUUAAUCAGCUUGAUAUUCUAUGUUUAUUUUCUUGAAGUUUUUUAUUAUUUGCCAGAAUGUGUCCUUGCAGCAAUAAUUACUAGUGUAUCUCUUAGCUUGGUAGAAGAAUGUCCUGAGAAUUUGAGAUUUUAUUUGAAAAUUAAGGGUUAUGAUGAAAUUAUUAUGUUCUCAAUAAUUGUUUUAUCAACCUUGUUUUGGUCACCAGAUGUUGGAUUAUCUUUGGGAAUAGGACUCUCUAUUAUUAAGGUUAUAAAAUUUUCCACUCGCACUAGAAUUGAAAUUCUUGGACGGGUUCCAAACACUAAUAUUUUCCGGAAUGCAGAUGAAUUGAUUGAGGAAAGCUUUGAUCAUUUGCAAAAGAACCAGGAUCACAAUCAAAUGGUAAACCAGGAUGACAUUGAAAAUAACAGUCAAGAGUUGGUUAGUCAAUUGGAAGAGAUCGAAAACUGCCUCAUUAUCAAAAUCACGGAGCCUUUGAUCUUUGCUAAUCUGAGCGAAUUGAAGCUUCGCCUUAAGAGAAUUGAAAAGUAUGGCUCACUUAAUGUCCAUCCAUCACAAAAGCCUUUGAUUAAUAAAAGACGUAAAAUUAAGUAUAUCAUUAUUGAUUGCAAGAGUAUGACUGGUUUGGACUCGCUGGCUACUCUUACUCUAUACGAAAUUGUUGGUAAUUAUACAAAAAAUAACUAUAUUGUAUUAUUCACUCGAGUUCCAUUCGUUUUGCAAUUACGAAAAAAAUUAACUGAAAGCGGGAUUUCCAAAUUAGUUAAACAAGCGCUUGAUAAACAUUUUGGCAAUAAUUUUGUGAUUUUUGACAAUAGCGCAGAUGGUGAUAAUAUCGAAAAUAAUAGCGGGAUUUUGGAGAUUGAUUCACUGGACUGUGGUGCAAAUAAUUUCCCUUCAACUUUGGGAAGAAGAGAUAGUUCAUUAUCUAUUACGAGUACAUCCCUUGGCUUGGGUGAAGGAUUCUAUGCUAGUAUUGAUGAUGCAUUAAAGGUGGUUAGUGACUGCGAAAUUAGAAGAAGCCGAAGAGCUAGCAAAAGAUCAUGA